GACUCGGAAACCAUGCUCUUACCAUCUUCGGACAACUCUCUCCCUCUCUUUGAUUCUCUCACUAAGUCCGUAAGUUUUCGUUGCCGCUUCAGAAACAAGAAGCAAGCGAAACAGAGCGCUACUUCAAUGGUUGUCCCGUCCAAACCAGCGAUCGAACCGUUCUCCUACGUUGGGAACAGCAUGCCCAACAGCAACGCAUUAUAUUCUCACCAAAUCCCUCUCGUCGACCUCUCGAAACCGGACUCCAAGAGCCUCAUCAUCAAGGCCUGCGAGGAGUUCGGCUUCUUUAAGGUCGUCAACCAUGGCGUGCCGCUGGAUUUCAUCUCCAGGUUGGAAGAGGAAGCCGUCAAGUUCUUCUCUUUGCCUCUCGUCGAGAAAGAGAAGGCAGGUCCUCCUGACCCGUUCGGCUAUGGCAACAAGAAGAUUGGCUGGGGAGGCGAUGUGGGUUGGGUCGAGUACCUCCUCCUAACGACCAAUCCCAGCUUCAACUACCGCAAGUUCCCAUCGGUUUUUAGCGAAAGCUCAGAAAGAUUCCGCUCCGCUCUGGGUGAUUACAUAUCAGCGGUGAGGGACAUGGCGUGUGAGGUUCUUGAAUCGAUGGCCGACGGAUUGAGGAUUCAACAGAGGGAUAUUUUCAGCAAACUUUUGAUGGAUGAACAGAGCGACUCUUUUUUCAGGCUCAACCACUAUCCUCCAUGCCCAGAGCUUGAAGCCUUUGAUGAUAGGAACAUGAUUGGAUUCGGCGAACACACUGACCCACAAAUCAUAUCCGUUCUCAGAUCGAACAACACGUCCGGGCUCCAAAUAUCCAUGAAAGAUGGGACUUGGGUCUCUGUUCCGCCUGACCAGAAUUCAUUCUUCAUCAAUGUUGGUGACUCCUUACAGGUGAUGACCAAUGGGCGAUUCAGAAGCGUGAGGCACAGAGUUCUGGCGAACAGCUCGAAGUCCAGAGUGUCGAUGAUAUACUUCGGAGGACCACCUUUGAGCGAGAGGAUAGCGCCAUUGCCGUGCCUCAUGAAGGGCAAGGAGAGCCUGUACAAGGAGUUCACAUGGUUCGAGUACAAGAAGGCUGCCUACAACUCGAGGUUGGCCGACGACAGGCUCGAGCAUUUCCAGAGGGUGGCCGCUUCUUGAUGGAGGUCGCCGCUGGGAGCGCCAGAUGUCAAGCAGAGUGGGUUUCAGGAGAGUUACUUUCAUCUUCAUUUUGUUCCUCUUUACUUUACUCGUCUCUCUGUAAUCUUUAUGUUUUUUUUUUUUUUUUUGGGCUUUACCUCCUCGUUUCAAACGAUGUAAAUUACUCUUUCUUGUCAAAUAUCACAUGUAUCCAUGGUCUGCCGCUACCUGUAUUUGACAUGUUUGUAAUAUGUAUUUGUCUAUGUAUGAAGUCGCAGUCAUAAGACUCUCAUAAAGUCACCUUUCAAACACACAGGAAAUUU